GUCCGUGAACGCAGCAUGAUUCCUUCUCGGGCCUCGUCUGCUCCUCUGUCCUAGUCCGGCUAUUGUUGUGCGUCUUUCAGGACGAGGCUGACCUCUCAGCGGGCGGUGGUUUCUGGAUGCUUUAACACUUCUGCUCCGCGGCCGCUCCGCCAUAUUACACGGGGUCCUCCGUUCCCGUCGGGACAGAAACGAUCCGAGCGGAGGAGUUGGCGCUGGCGAACUAGUGGCUCGGAAUGGGACAGACCGACUGAGAUUCCACCUCAGCGAGACCGCUCGCCGUCCCGGUUUCCCACUGCUUCGGUUCGACGGGAACUAUUUACAACCAGAGCGUGGAAAAGCCGCAGCGCAGGACGCAUGUAGCCGAAGCACGACGCUCUUAAGGCUUGACGAUGGGUUGCGUUAGGAGUAAAGAGGACAAGGGCCCGGCGCCGAAGUACCGGCCCGACAACGCCAAUGCGGCCCCGGCCAACCCGCUGCUGGGCCUCUACGGGCCCGACCCCACCCUCGUGGGCCACUCGCCAGCUGCGAAGACGCACAACAGCAGCUACAACAGCCACGGCGCCGCGGGCCUGACGCCCUUCGGCGGCGCGUCGUCCGUGAUGACGCCCUUCGGCGGCGCCUCCACCUCCUUCACCUCUGUGGCCGUGAACAGUCCGUUCCCCAGCGUCAUCACAGGUGGCGUCACGUUUUUCGUGGCGCUGUACGACUAUGAAGCGCGGACAUCGGAUGAUCUGUCGUUCACAAAGGGGGAUCGCUUCCAGAUCGUCAACAACACGGAAGGAGACUGGUGGGAGGCUCGCUCCAUCAACACCGGACAGAAGGGCUACAUCCCCAGCAACUACGUGGCCCCGGCCGACUCCAUCCAGGCUGAGGAAUGGUACUUUGGUAAAAUGGGCCGCAAAGACGCUGAGCGCAUGUUAUUGGUCCCCGGGAACCAGCGAGGCACUUUCUUGGCACGAGAGAGCGAGACGACCAAAGGUGCCUACUCGCUCUCCAUCCGCGACUGGGAUGAGAUGAAGGGCGACAACGUGAAACACUACAAGAUCCGAAAGCUGGACAACGGAGGCUACUACAUCACCACCCGGGCCCAGUUCGAGACGCUACAGAAGCUGGUGAAGCAUUACACAGAACACGCCGACGGCCUGUGCUACAGGCUGACGACCGUGUGCCCCACGGUGAAGCCUCAGACUCAGGGACUCGCGAAGGACGCCUGGGAAAUCCCCCGGGAGUCGCUCCGACUGGAGGUCAAACUGGGCCAGGGCUGCUUCGGAGAGGUCUGGAUGGGGACCUGGAAUGGCACUACCAAGGUGGCCAUCAAGACACUGAAGACGGGCACCAUGUCCCCGGAGGCCUUCCUGCAGGAGGCUCAGAUCAUGAAGAAGCUCCGGCACGACAAACUGGUGCCUCUGUACGCUGUGGUGUCUGAGGAGCCCAUCUACAUCGUGACCGAGUUCAUGGGCAAAGGCAGCCUGCUGGACUUCCUGAAGGAGGGAGAUGGUAGAUAUCUGAAGCUGCCUCAGCUGGUGGACAUGGCCUCACAGAUCGCGGACGGCAUGGCCUUCAUCGAGAGGAUGAACUACAUCCACCGGGACCUGAGAGCCGCCAACAUCCUGGUGGCCGACAACCUGGUGUGCAAGAUCGCAGACUUCGGUCUCGCUCGGCUCAUCGAGGACAACGAGUACACAGCCCGACAAGGUGCUAAGUUCCCCAUCAAGUGGACCGCCCCCGAAGCCGCUCUGUACGGCCGCUUCACCAUCAAGUCCGACGUCUGGUCGUUUGGCAUACUACUGACUGAACUGGUGACCAAGGGCAGAGUGCCGUACCCUGGGAUGGUGAAUCGAGAGGUGCUGGAGCAGGUGGAGCGCGGCUACCGGAUGCCCUGCCCCCAGGGCUGCCCCGAGUCCCUGCACGAGAUGAUGCGGCAGUGCUGGAAGAAGGAGCCGGACGAGAGGCCCACCUUCGAGUACAUCCAGUCCUUCUUGGAAGACUACUUCACGGCCACAGAACCGCAGUACCAGCCGGGCGACAACCUCUAGUCUGGUUAAAGGCUGUAAACGCUUUGUGAAGCUGGUCCACAACCACACUGGCAAACCAAGUAGAAGUGGGUCCCUUCGGCACCUGCGAACAGGUGCGGGUACGUUACGCUCGGGGAAGCUGCUCAUCAGAACAUGGACUGGCCACAACACUGUGAUCGCAGAGGGAUUCACUUCUAGUCUGACAUCUACUUGCAGAUGCACAAUUUUUUACUUUUUUUAAAAACUGAUAAUGGUUGCCUCCUCCAUUGAACCCAAGUUUUAAUUAUUUCGCCUUUGGAGUCCAGAUCUUUUAUAUGUACGAGUUUGGAGACGUAGGUCGGCGUGUGUGUUUUAUAAGUUACCAACGGCUGUGGAUGAACUGUAGGUGCUGUGACCGCAGAGAGCGGAGACGUGAGGCGGACGAAGCAGGUGAACUGAACAGACGGAGAAUGAAUGAAAACAUGGACGUGGUUUGUGUGAAUCUUUCUAAUGGCAGAUCAAGUCAGCUGACUAUCAUUUUACUUUUGAUUUAAACGGGGACUUGAAAUCAUAAAGAGGUAUUUUGAUUUAAUAUUGAACAAUGUUCCUGUUUAACGUUUGAUAUUUGUUUCCACAUGGACUUUUUAGCUGUGAAUUCCUGUGAGUUCAUUUCUGUGAUUUCGUGGUCCACAGCUGUUUGCUGGGAGCAGACUAACACACCUUCACAUCACAUCUAACUCACAGGUGUAAAACCUCCUUGUCUUUUCUCAGUGAACUCCAACCAGCUGGGAGCAAAUGCGUCUUGAAUAUUCUGAGUGGUGUCUGCCACAGUUGGAAGGUUCUCCAGAGCGACACCGCAGAACAAAUCUCUGAAUCUGUAACUGCGACUUUGCAAAUCCACCCAGCGACGUUUAGCGCGGGGCCUCGAAGGCGCUUUGCACACGUGUGGUUCCUGAUUUCAGUUUCCAGUUUUAACGGUGGUCGAUCGCCUCUGUUGCGUUCAUGGUGAAUGGGAAUCUACAAGUGUGGCGUGGUGCGUUCAGGGGUCCUUCCACUGUCCAGCUGUGUGUGAGGAGCAGACGAGUGUUGGUCUGAAAGCUUAAGGACGAGGAUGUGAAAACGUUCAUGUUUCUUUCUGUGCGUCACUCAUGAGAAGCUAAUAUUUGCGACUUGAGCUAGUGAAGAGAUAAUAAAGAAAUUACUGAGAAUGGAAACUAAUGAUUUUGUACAGAAACAAAUAAAAGUUUUACUCAAAG